CCCGAUCUCCUCUCACACCAUGCGAGACUCUCCCCAACCUCUUCUCUCGACCUAGGGUACCAUGCCAUGAUCAUCUCCACCAAUCGCAAGGGCAUCGCUCGCCAUCUAGGGUUUCCUUACUCCAGAACAAGUUGUGUUGAAGGUGGAUCUAACUUCAAAAAAGUUCCUGCUCGUGGUCGUGAGCAUUAUAAUGAUAUAUAUGGAGAGUCAUUUGAAUGCCGUCAGGUUGAGAGGCAAGUCUUUUUCCUAUUUCGAGGAGUUAUCGAUAGUGUUCGGAAAGGAUCAAGCAAUCGGUAUUACAGCAGAAUCUCCUGCAGAUACCGUUGCAAAUAUCGAAGGCAAAGAAACCAAUCAAAGAGCAUCUGCCCAAAAUGCUGAUGUGGAGAUGGCAAUCACAGAUGAAAGCAGUGGUUUAGGGCCAACCAAUUCGAGUGCUGGUCAGUCAAGAAAAACAAGAAAAAGAAGACCCUCAGCUACAGAAGGCUUAAUUAAUGAAUCUUUUAAUGCAAUGUUACGCUCCAUUAACAGCGUGUUUGGAAAUGCUAGCGAAAGUAUCUCUAAAUGAGCUAGUUGUUUCCAAUUUAUGGCAACUGAUGCAAUUCGAAAGGAAAAAUAGUUUGAAGAGCUUUUGAAGGUUUAGGGACUUGUCAAUAAUGAUCGUAUGGUUGCUUACGAUAUCUUAAUAUCUGAUACAACCAAACUGAAUGGAUUUUACGGAAUUCCGGUUGAGUUUAGAAAGGAAUAUAUUGAGUAUAAUCUAACUACACGUAGAUAAAGUUGUUUAUGUUUUGCAAUGACUAGAGGAUAUCAAACUUUGGUA